AAAUUUCAGCUCCACCGUAUCAUUAAACUACAUUGCACAGAUUUAGUGAUGGAGACCAGCUGGACCACACGGCUGCUCCUCCUCCUAGCUGUAACCCUGGAUUCUAUCGCGGCAGUCCCAGAAGAAGGGCAUCUGAAUUUGACAGAUGACCCUGGCCUCGAGGGGCUAGAACAUAAUCUCCAUUCAUUGGGCGUAACGAGUAACAAGAUUAUGACGGCGCAGUAUGAAUGCUACCAAAAAAUUAUGCAAGCUCCUGCUAACACAAUUGAAGGUCCACACUGCAACAGAACAUGGGAUGGGUGGUUAUGUUGGGACAGCGCGGCAGCAGGAAACGAUUUGGUGCAGAACUGCCCUGAUUACUUUCAGGACUUCGACCCGUCAGAAAAAGUUAUUAAAAGCUGUGACCCAAGUGGGCAGUGGUUUGUACAUCCGGAAAGUAACAGAACGUGGACAAACUACACACUGUGUACCAUAGGAGUAACUAUGAAACUACAGACAGCUCUGAAUUUAUACUAUCUCACUAUCAUUGGCCACAGCCUCUCCAUUGUUUCACUGUUGAUUUCCCUUGGCAUAUUCUCCUACUUUAAGAGCCUGAGUUGCCAGAGGAUCACAUUGCAUAAGAAUCUCUUUUUUUCGUUUGUGUGCAACUCUAUUGUCACAAUUAUUAGUCUCACCGGAGUUGCGAACAACCAGCAAUUGGUCGCAGCCAAUCCCGUUGGCUGCAAAGUGGCUCAAUUUAUUCACCUUUAUUUAAUGGUUUGCAGUUACUUCUGGAUGCUCUGCGAAGGCAUUUACCUGCACACUCUCAUUGUGGUAGCCGUAUUUGCAGAGAAACAGCACCUGCUAUGGUAUUACCUUCUUGGAUGGGGGUUUCCAUUGAUUCCAGCCUGCAUACAUGCUGUUGCAAGGGCCAUAUAUUUCAAUGACAACUGCUGGAUCAGUUCAGAUACUCAUCUACUGUAUAUCAUCCAUGGUCCUAUUUGUGCUGCACUAGUGGUUAACCUCUUUUUUCUGUUGAACAUUGUUCGCGUCCUGAUAACCAAGCUAAAAGUCACCCACCGUGCAGAAUCGAAUCUUUACAUGAAAGCUGUCCGAGCCACCCUAAUUUUAGUGCCACUUCUUGGCAUCGAGUUUGUGUUGUUGCCUUGGCGACCAGAGGGCCGUAUCGCUGAAGAGAUUUACGACUAUGUAAUCAAUAUUCUUAUGCACUACCAGGGCUUGUUGGUGGCAACAAUUUUCUGCUUUUUUAAUGGAGAGGUCCAGUCUGUUAUCCGAAGGCAUUGGAAUCAAUACAAGAUCCAAUUUGAUAACAGCUUCGCUCACUCGGAUGCGAUUCGCUCCGCUUCCUACACAGUCUCCUCGAUCACGGACGGCCAGAGCUUUACCUACAAUCAUGACUGCACCAGUGAACAUUUAAAUGGGAAAACCUGCCACGACAAAGAAAAUGUGGUUUUUUAAAGCUGAAAGCGUGUGUGUGGCUGAUUAUGGGAAACUCUUGUUACUCCCCCUCCUUCCCCUGUCCCAGUAAUGUUUUUUAGUGGAUGACCCAAGAAGACUUUUCUUAUCAAGCUACCGACAUGGAUAUUCUUGAAGGAUGUCAUGAAUUUCAAUGUUUCUCACAUGGGCGUAUGUUUUUAGCAUAUCCUACAUGUGAGUGAGUAUGUGUGUGUUCUCCUUGCUUGUUUAUAUUGGAGCUGGUCACACGCAACAAAUGAAUAUUCUAAACUUUGACCUCUAAUUCCCAACAUUCAAGGGAAAACUGGUCGAUAUUUUAAUUGGGAUCGGUCCAGCUCUAAUUAUAUACAUAUAUGUAUUUGUUUUGUGCAUAUAUGUAUCAAAAUACAUUAACUUUUGCCUUUUCAGUUUCUACUGUGUAGACAAAGUGGGCAAUUAUUUUGUAUGAAGGGAAUCAGAGACGGUUUCCUGUUUUCUCAGAAAUGUGUACCAUGACUGGGUUGUCUUUGAGGCCAUUUUGUUUUGUUCACAACCCCCUACCCCCUGUAAAUACUAUAUUUAUCAUGUUUUGUUGUCUUUAAGUGUCGCCAGCAAACACAACCUAAAGAUGUCUUGAAAGCAGAUAUAAUCAUUGCAAUGCACUGUUCAGGUUAACUGUGCAACAUUUAGCUCUGACAAAAACGGACUGUCAUAGAUAAUGGAUCUCCAGUGUAGAUAAUGACCCCAAACUCAUAACAAUUAGUUAAGCUGUCUGCCUUCAAGAGAAAUGACGGACCCUGGCUCAGAACAAAGGCCCAUGGAACUGAGGGGGCCUUGCUUCUGAGUAAGCAUGUAUUGGAUCGGUUUUUUCAGUCACAACUAACUGCUAGAUUGACGCUGAUUUGCCUUGUUUUUAACCUUUGUCUUAAAACUGAGCAUAUAGCCAAUGCCGUGGAAACCUUAGGGCUGAAAUUGGAUUUGUGGGCCUUCUUCCUCUUCAGCAGUGGCGUAGGAGGUUAAGAGCUCGUGUAUCUAAUCUGGAGGAACCGGGUUUGAUUCCCAGCUCGGCCGCCUGAGCUGUGGAGGCUUAUCUGGGGAAUUCAGAUUAGCCUGUACAC